AUGACAGAUCCUUCCUUUAGAGUCUUCUCCAAUUACUACCCUUCCUCUCUCACUCCGUCUCCACCCGGACAACCCCCACCUCCCCCUCUUCCCUCUUCCUUCAACAGCUACACCUACCAGCCCUUCCACCUCUCCCCCCCCUCCUCGCCGCCCCUGAGAGAAGCCCUCCCCCUACUUAACCUCAGCCCUAGAAGGCAUCACGAGGAAACCUCCUCCUUAUCCGCUGCCUUCGAGAAGAAAAGAGACCUGGAGCCGGUGAUCGUGGCUCUGCACAUUGGCCUGCCGAGUACGAGUCCCGCAAAUCUGAUCUCUAGGGUUUCCUCCACCACCGAGGUAGAAGAUGAUGAAGCUGAAGGUGCCGACGAUGGGGCUUCCGCAGGUUUUGCAGAGACGUCAACAAGCAGGGUCAACAAGGGCCAGUACUGGAUCCCCAGCCCGUCUCAUAUCCUUAUGGGUCCCACCCAGUUCUCAUGCCCUGUUUGCUACAAGGUCUUCAACAGAUACAACAACAUGCAGGUAUGUACGCAUAUAUAAGCUAGAUUCAACGCAUAAGCGUCUCCGAGUUCUCUCAUCCGUUCGUCUUUAUUUUUGAUGAAAUCGCGAAGAGACUUGCCUCGUUCGAGCUUUGGAUAACACCUUUCACUUUCUAUUUUUUGAUAUUUUCAUCUAUUUGGAAUCAUGUAAUAAUUGCCCAAAUGAUUUGUACAGAAGCAUAACUCUCCAUGAAUCUACUGCACCCCCAAUUCUGAUCUGAAAAAUGUCAGUGGAGAAACACGUUACUUAUGAGCAACGGGUUGCCUCCCUCUUUCUGCUCUCUCUCUCUCUCUCUCUCUCUCUCUCUCUCUCUCUCUCUCUCUCUCUCUCUCUCUCUCUCUCUCUCUCUCUCACGUUAGUACACAUCUUCAGAAAGAACGUUCUAUUUUAUUUCCAAAACAUUUAGUAUUUUUCUUUGCGACGACCCAAUACUCGCAUUUUCGUGAUCUACGUGCAAGUUACAAGGGAUUGUUGGUUCAGUAAUUUUGUUGUGAUACUUUUACCUGAAUCAUAAUUCUGACAAGAGUCCUACUAAGCUCAAAAUUGUGGAUACGGAAGAUGUACGUCCAUACAAACAACUUUAACAUUAUUUAUUUCCUCUAAUCUAGUACUACUUCAGCAGAUCCGUAGUAGAUCUUCUCUUGGCUUGAACCUGAAGAACAUCUACCUGCGUGAUUUCAAUCAGGCGCAUUCACGUUUAGUACGAGCUGUUGUUUCUUUGAUUCGUAUAGUGUGAUCGAUGUCUGACUGCUCACUGUGGGGUACUGCAUUCAUCUUUAGCGGUGACAUUUUACCAGUGAUUUUUUACCCAAAGGGGGAAAAACAACAUUUCCCAUUAUUUCAUAGCUCGGACCUCCAUGAAGGGAUGCCAUUUGUGAAUGAUCUUGAAGUGCCCGUCUUCGUGUUUAUCCAUUAGAUUUCAAUGACGACUUUCAAUCAUAUCCCGAUCGGACCCAUAAAUUUCAAUGUCGAAAGAUACCCACAACAACACAAAAAAUGUCAUUUGAAUCGAAGGAGCGAACUUCAAACUGUCAAAAUAGGUCUAUCUAUUCUUGCAGAAUCACGGGGGAGCUAAGCACGUAAAACUCUUGUUAGAAGAACAUCUUAGUGAUGGGACUAACUCUGACGAGCCAGAUGAUCUUCUUCUUCGGUGCAAUGGCAGAUGCACAUGUGGGGGCACGGCUCGCAGUACAGGAGAGGGCCGGACUCGCUCAGGGGCGCCCAGCCGACGGCGAUGCUGAAGCUGCCGUGCUACUGCUGCGCUCCGGGGUGCAGGAACAACAUAGAUCAUCCAAGGUCAAAGCCAUUGAAGGACUUCCGCACGCUCCAGACUCACUACAAGAGGAAGCAUGGCGUCAAGCCCUUCACGUGCAGGAAGUGUGGGAAGGCCUUCGCCGUGAAGGGGGACUGGAGAACCCACGAGAAGAACUGCGGGAAACUCUGGUACUGCAAGUGCGGGUCUGACUUCAAGCACAAGAGAUCUCUCAAGGACCAUAUCAGGGCCUUCGGCAAUGAGCAUAUGGCCAUCGAUGUGGAUUGGUUCGGGGAGGAAGAAGAGGCUUCUUCAGAGAUUGAGCACGACUGCAUCCUUAGACGGUAA